AUGGGGUUGAUCACCGGAGUUGUUGCUUUCUUUUACCACUUACCUCAAAUAUACAAAUGGCUCUUCAAGCCUUAUUACAUAUUGUCUACAUUGAUGUCCACUGCAUUCCUCAUACUUAGGAAGUGUCCGGGACUUUGCGAAAACCUGAACACUGAACGGGAGGACCGGAACCCAUGCGACUUUGACUGGAGAGAAGUGGAGAUUCUUAUGUUUCUCGGUGCGAUUGUCAUGAUGAAGAACAGGAGAGCCAUCACCAUAGAGCAGCAUGCAGGGAACCUGUUUAUGUUCAGUAAGGUGGCCAACGUCAUCCUCUUCUUCAGGCUGGACAUCAGACUGGGCAUCCUCUACUUCCUACUAUGUAUUGCAUUCGUCAUGACCUGCAAACCACCACUCUACAUGGGCCCAGAGUACAUCAAGUACUUCAGUGAAAAGACCAUAGACGAGGAGUUGAAUCAUGAUACUCGUGUGACGUGGAUCGUUGAGUUCUAUGCUAACUGGGCUCCUGAGUGUCAGUCCUUCGCCCCCGUCUUUGCUGACCUCUCCCUCAAGUAUAACUGUACUGGACUGCGGUUUGGGAAGAUAGAUGCUGGCCGGUACGGAGAGGUGGCUCAGAAGUACAAAGUUAGCACCUCCCCUCUGGCCAAGCAGCUCCCUUCAUUGGUGCUUUUCCAGUCAGGGCGGGAGGUCAUGAGACGUCCAAUGGUGGACAAUAAGUUUCGAGCUGUGUCCUGGACUUUCAGCGAGGAAAACAUCAUACGUGAAUUCAACCUGAACGAGCUCUUCGAGGCUUCGAAGAAGAUAAAGAAGGGUCGUGGUGUGAAAGGAGAGGACCAGAACCCCUCACUACCAGACGAGGGCAGCGAAGAGCGUCAACCUGAACCAGACACCCCAGCAGAGAGCAAGAAAGACCAGUAGUGACGAAGGGACAACAGGGACUGGAUUGUUCUACUGCACACCGUUCACUGCUCGUCACACAAUCGCUGUCAGUUAUCACUGGUUGUAUUACCAGAUGACCAGGAUUCAAGUUAAUUCACGAGCUUGGGCUUGUGGAAAAGCUGCUGCACGCAAACCAAAAGGGACAGAAUGAGCUACACUACAUGACCAAAAGUAUGUGGACACCCGCUCAUUGAAAAAUCUCAUUCCAAAGUUAUGCGCAUUAAAAUUGGAGUGUGUCCCCCUUUGCUGCUA